AUGGAUUAUGAUGACUGCUACGAUCAACAGGACUAUUGGAACGAACCAGAGCGGCAAGCAGGGCCCAGCGGCUUGUCACCGAACAAUGCGACAAUUCUACUCGAUUCUGAUAGUGACGAUGGAGAUGCCGGAAAGAGCUCUACACACGAACGUUCGUUAUUUCUGAACGAGCAUUCAACGCCUAUCGUAUCAGCGAAAAGAACCUCAAUCCUACGAAGCCGCAACCCCAACCAGGGCACUUCGCCGAUAUUCAUUGAGGACGUCCCACCUAGAGGCGCAGCAGAUGACCAUAAAAGGUUUUCUUUUGGUGUCUCAGGGCGCAGUAUGUCCCAAUCGGACCUGGACAAAACGCCGAUAAAAUAUAGGAGCAACCGAGCAACCUACGACGACAUCACGCCGACGGCAUCGCCGAAAAAGGCCCGCUCCGCAAAUUCCACUCCUGUCAAGGAAAAGAAGCAGAAGCAAAAGCAAAUAGUCAACGAAUUUUUCGGCUGCUAUUGCCUGAUCAGCCGCAGCCAGUUGAAACAUUAUAAGAAUCGUUGUUAUAUCGGCUAUACAGUUGAUCCGAACCGCCGGAUCGAUCAGCACAAUGGCGGCCGACAAAAGGGCGGAGCGAAAAAGACUGAAAACCGGGGGCCUUGGGAGAUGGUCUGCAUCAUACACGGUUUCCCGUGCGAUGUCGCCGCACUAAGAUUCGAAUGGGCAUGGCAAAACCCAGGGAAAAGUCGCGCAUUGAAAAGCAAAGGUCUGGAGAAGAAGGAACGAAGGGAGACGCCAUUCGCACACAAAUUGCGGAUAGCUUGUCAUCUGCUGAAUAGUGAUCCCUGGCGACGGUUAGCGUUGACGUUCCGAUGGCUUCUGCCGAAGGAAGAGUUACCUUUUCCGGCUUCUAUUCCACCACCAAAACACUUUCCCACGAAGUAUGGCUUGGUGGAAAAAUUGACUACAGUGGUUCCCAACUCGAUGGAUGAUCUCCAAAAACUUGGCAGCUGCUAUAUUUGCAAGGAAAGGAUUGUUCAGUUGAGCCUCCUCGGUCUAUGCCAAUGGUGUGGAUGCCAGUCUCAUCUUCGCUGCAUGGCCCUCACCGCACUUUCCACCGCGGAAAAACCCAACCAGCUCAUCCCCGUCGACUUCAACUGCCAAAAAUGCGACCAACGAUUAAUCUGGGGCGACGUCAUUCGUUUGCAACGAAACAUGAUGAAGAUGAUCAUCCCGGUCCGCUGCUUCACUUGUGGCAAGGUUAUCGGCAACAAAUGGGAAUCUUAUCUGGGACUUCUGCAAUCGGAAUACAGCGAAGGAGAUGCCCUCGAUACCUUGAACCUCCGAAGGUAUUGCUGCCGCCGAAUGCUCCUGGCUCACGUCGACCUCAUCGAGAAGCUCCUCAACUAUCAUCCCCUUGAAAAA